AUGCUGCGGGUUUUGGUAUUCACAAGUCAACUAGAAAUGUUCCCUACAUUAUUAGUCCUGCUCUCAGUGGCAACUUUAGGUUGCGCAUUGCACUUGCCGAUUGGACCUGAAUUUCUAUUGAAAAAAGGACCAAUAAACAAUCGCAUCGUUGGAGGAGAGGACACACCGAUAGAGACAAUACCUUGGCAAGUUUCGCUGCAAAAACUAGGACGGCAUGAUUGUGGUGGCGUCAUUUACAGCAAAAACAUAAUUAUAACAGCCGCCCACUGUGUUUACAAAAUAAAUCCAAGGAUUUUUGAUGUGCGCGUUGGCAGUAGUACAUCUAAAAAUGGUGGAUCGGUAAUUAAAGUUGCCAAGAUUACCGUGCAUGAUCGUUAUGUUAAUAUAAAUAACAAAAAAGCGGAAUAUGACAUCGCCCUGCUUUUGUUAAGUUCUCCCCUCGAAAUGGGUAUAACUAUCAUGGCCAUUCCACUGGCAGAGUCAGUUCCUCAUGACGGAGCUACUGUGCUUGUCUCUGGAUGGGGAAGGACAGAAACUGGAAAGGCUCCACUCCAUCUGAAAAGUGUCCAUCUGAACAUUGUAAAUCGCGAGGAGUGCGCCAGGGCUAAUGAUGAUGAACAAGUUCCAAGAGCAACAAUCUGUGCAGCUGCCCCUGGAAAAGAUUCCUGUGGUGGUGAUUCUGGUGGCCCAUUGGUUUAUGAGGGUGAGCUUGUGGGCAUUGUUUCUUAUGGCAUUGGUUGCGCUCUACCAGGUUAUCCUGGUGUUUAUGCAAAUGUUGUGGAGCUUCGAAAAUGGAUUGAAGAGGAAGCCACAAAAGUAAGCUCAACUUGA